AUGGUGGCGGAUGUGCUCAACCAUAAAUCAAUGGGUAGCUUGGUAGAGGUACAACCGGAACGGAAGGAGAUGAUCCGUGAGAUCUUCCAGCUUGCUAGACUUAGAGUCCGCUUAGCUGAUUCGGGCGAUGACGGGGUUUCUAUUCGGGGAAUUGCUGAAUCCUCGAUCAUGGAGGAAGAGAUAGAGAUUCCAACCUGGAAAUGGGAAGUGAUUAACAUGGAUUUUAUUACUGGCUUACCUCAUACUCCCCGUACGAAGGAUUUUAUAUGGGUUAUUAUGGAUAGGCUGACAAAAUCAGCCCACUUCCUCCCAGUCAGGACCACAUAUUCAACCGAGAACUAUGCGAAGUUGUACGUCAAGGAAAUAGUACAACUUUAUGGAGUUCCCACAUCUAUUAUUUCAGAUAGGGGAGCCCAGUUCAUAGCCCACUUUUGGCGGUCAUUACAGGAAGUCUUGGGAACACAAGUAAGCCUUAGCACAGCGUUUCAUCCCCAAACUGAUGGUUAUCACUCCAACAUCCAGAUGGCGCCAUAUGAAGCUUUAUACGAUAGAAAGUGCAGGUCACCUAUCGGUUGGUUCGAUGUUGGCGAAAUACAACUAAUGGGUCCCGACAUAGUCCAACAGGCAGUGGAAAAGGUCACGAAAGAAUUGGCCUAUGAAGAACAGCCGAUUGCCAUCUUGGAUCAAAAGAUUAGAAGAUUUCGAACUAAGAACGUGGCUUCAGUUAAGGUGCUGUGGCAAAAUAGAAAUCAGGAGAAAAUGACCUGGGAAGACGAAGAGGACAUGAGACAUAGGUAUCCGUACCUGUUUCCGAUAUCUACAGGUAACCCCGAUUCUUAA